CUGAAUAACAGCCAAAGAAGAUAUUAAAAACAUAUUUUGGACUGUUUCUGAUCCCUAAGAGUCAUUUUAAGUCUUAAACUGGAUUAUGUCUGAAAAGCAUCGAAACCUUCCUCUUUGGAUGGUUAAAUCUGACGUUCAAAGUGGCAAAGAUAAUGAUGCUGUUAGGAAGAAAACACCUGGGGCGACAAACAAGACUGCAAAGAAAAAACGCUUGAAAAGUGUCAUCACGUAUUGGAUGAACGAGAGGGAGCUCGUAGAAACUGCCCUCAGUUUUUUAAAGGAAGACAAGGCAUGUGGCAGAACUGCAGUGAAACUCCCAGAGGUGGGAAUAAUCAUUCCAGAGACAGACGCAGAAACAUCAGACUCUGAUGACGGUGUUUUAUACACAGAUUGUGACAUUGCAGAGCAAGAGACCGUCCCAUUUGGGAACUGCAUGGAAGAAAGCACCAGUGCAAAUCUGGUGAAAAAUCUUGAUGGCUUAGGAACUUCUGAGAAGAAGCCACAGCUUGAAGACAUCUCACAGAAAACUGAUGAGGCUCUGGAGCUUGUUCGAGAGAUUUUUUUUUCCUGA